ACAAAGUGAGGCCGGACGAAGCGAGGUACAAUGUUAGCACAGAAGAAAGUGGAAAAGCUAGUCGAGUUGGAGAAUCCGAGUCACGUGUAGGUGAUCCACGUGGCACCGCGUUUUCUGUCCCUUUUUACUUGGGCGUUUACCAGCUCUUAUCGUACGCUACCUUUCUUUCUGCCCCUUUCACAUAACUACUCAUUUUAUUUUGUGCACCUCUGGAAAAGGUGAACACUCUAAGCGUUGCGUUUCCCCGGUCCGACGAGGGUUUAGAUGGAUUUGGCGAGCCAUGAAUCACCUACCUCGACUAUUCGGCAAUAGAAAGAAGCCUCCAAACAUGGACCCCAAGAAGAGCAAGACGCGAGGCAAGAAGCAUCAGCCCAAGCUCGAGCGCCGCAACGCCGCCAAGCACUUCGAAUACGACGCCGGAUCGUCGUCUUCUUUGCGAGGUGACUCCGCAUCCGUCUCCACGUCGUCUUCCUCGUCGUCUUCGUUAUUUACGCGUUCAAUGGACUUCUACGGCCACCGGAGCUUCCGAAUCGAUGGCGUGGAGGGCGAGUUCGACCGGAUUUGUCAAAGCCUCGGCCUCUCCGGUCCGGAGGACUUCUCCAUUCCGACCGCCGCCUGGGAGGCCAUGAAGCUCCGCUCCUCCUCCGACAUCCCGUUGCUCCGGAACCACGACGGGAAGGCGUUGGACGAGGAGGCGAAGGAGAAGGAGGAAAUUGAAGCGGUUGAGAGCGAGUAUGAGGCUAGGGUUUUGGAUGAGUGUGUUGUUCCUGCUGAGAGCAGUGGUUGCUGCACCGCUGGCGGCGGAGGAAUUAAGGGUUUUCGGCCUCCGAUGCUGAAGCCGCCGCCAGGGAUUAGGGUUUCGGUGGUGGACGAGACGUGUUCGACAUGGGAUUUGUUGCGGGAUUUUGCGCCGAAAGGGGAGGGAGGGAAGGAGACUUACGUGGAGUUGAGUGCUUCUGAUGAAGAUGAGGACGGAGAAGUAAAGGAAGAGGAGGAUGAGGAAGAAGGGGAAGUUGGUGGAGUGAGGGUGGAGAGAGAAGAGGAGGAAAACGCGGCGAGGAUUGCGGAUAUUGUGGAUGAGUUUUCUGGGUUUUCUACUUCGAACGAAGAUGAUUCUUCUAGCACUACCACGGGUCCUAAUUCUAGUAAUAUAUCUCCUAAUGGGAGAAUCAAGCGUGUGAUUACCGCAGGUAACUGGCAGAAGGGUGAGCUUUUGGGGCGUGGUUCGUUUGGCUAUGUCUAUGAAGGGAUUUCUGAGUAAGUGCUUUCGAGCCCAUCACUUCGCUUAUACUCGCUCAAAGUUAUUGUUAGAAACGAAAGAUAAGCCUUAUUGUUUAUUUCAUUGUUUACUGUGGUGUUGGAGUUAGAGAAUAGGGAUCCAGAUGGUGUGGUGGUAGUAAGUAACAUUACAAUGUUGUGUUAAGAGAAAGAGAAACAAUUAUAGUAGGGCCAGUGAGAACAGUUUCAGGGAUUCGGUUCAUCUAUUUUAUUCCUCUCUUUCUACUCAAAUCUUUGUAGGAUACUAUGUUAUGGAAUGUUAGUGUUAGAAUUAGGAGAUUGGCAGGUUAGUUGUAGAAGGUUUGGAUAUGAGAAUAUGUUGGAAAAGCAUAUGACAGUAUGUGAAUGUCAAUUUUGUUGGA